AUGGUCGGUUACACGGAUGUAUUUUCAGAACCAGACAUAAUCGCCAAUAAUCGAAUACCCACAAUUGCCUUUGCAAUGGUCCAGCAAAUGCAAGCCUCCAUCGUCGGUGCCGUUGCUAUUGGCUCUGCAGCAGAGAGGGGAAGGAUAGGACCUACGAUAAUCUUCAUGUUUUUUUGGGCAACGCUGGUCUAUUGCCCCAUAAACUGCUGGAUAUACAAUCCAAAUGGCUGGGCGUAUAAAUGGGGGGUACUCGAUUUUGGUGGAGGUGUCUCUAUGGAGCUUUGCGCAGGCAUGACCGGAUUGGCAUAUUCGUUAUUCAUUGGAAGAAGGCGAGGCUACGGCAUCAAAAUGCAUCCCCACAACGUUCCCCAUGUAGCACUCGGAACAACCUUGUUAUGGUUUGGUUGGAUGGGUCUUAGUGGUAGUGGAACAUUGGCGAACAUCCGGGGAGCUAUGGUCAUGAUUAACACGCAUCUGGCAGCAUGCGCUGGCGGACUAACCUUCUUGGUCAUGGAUUUCCGAUUAGAAAGAAAGUGGUCACUCGUCGCAUUUUGUCUGGGUGCAAUUUGCGGUUUGGUAGCUAUAGCAGCACCUGGCUUCAUUGGUCCUUCCUCUUCCAUUGUGGUUGGAAUUUUCGCAGCUGCCGUCUCAAAUUUCACCGUUGCUUAUCGUGACAAACUUCCAUGGGACGACGGUUUGGAUAUUUUUGCUGGACACGCCACUUCAGGUGCCGUUGGGGUCAUACUGACUGGUAUUUUUGCCCAAAAAAGCAUUGCGAGUUCCGAUGGUUUCACUGUGAUCGACGGCGGGAUGAUCGAUAAAAAUUGGAAGCAGAUGUACAAGCAGCUUGCAUGGGUUGGAGCUGGUGGAACUUGGUCUUUUGUUAUCACUUAUCUUAUCAUGAUUGUAAUCAAUCGGAUACCCUUUUGCAGCUUUAGAGUCGACUCUGAAAGUGAGGUGAAAGGUAUUGAUGAAGACCAAUCUGGUGAAACAGCCUAUGCUCCGGAUUCAUACAUGUUUCGACGACCACCAACAAUGAUUGAUUCAAAAAGAGGAAAAAAAUUCAGAUCUACAUUUGGAAGGUUCAGUUCCCACCCCGGUAACCAAUCAUUGUCACCAAAAAGGCCAAAAUCUGUUGAAAAGCCCCGAAAGGCUUAA